CCUUGCUCUUUGAAAGUGUCUGGGUGGUCUCUGCAUGCAAGAAACGCUCCCUUCCUCCUGGAGUGGAGGGUGAGACGUGUGGUAUAUAAGUGCAGCUGGGAGUCUGCUCUCAUUACUUUGGAACUGGAAAGGCUUGCUGAAAUCAAGGAUGAAGCUCCUCUUUGCAGCUGCACUCUUUGUGCUCUAUACCUUUGACUCUGCUGACUCGUCAGCUUAUGACAAAAUUCUCUCCCACAGUCGCAUCAGGGCAAAAAAAGAAGGACUCAAUGUCUGUGCCCUCCAGCAAGUUGUGGGGAGCAAGAAGAAGUAUUUCAGCACUUGUCGCAAUUGGCACUAUGGAGCCAUCUGUGGAAAGAAAGCAACUGUGCUUUACGAGUGCUGCCCAGGCUAUAUCAAGAUGGAAGGCAUUCGUGGUUGUCCAGCAGUUGCCCCAAUCGACCAUAUCUAUGGAAGCCUGGGCAUAGUGAAGGCCUCGUCCACUCAGAAGUAUUCCGACAUUUCCAAAGUGAGACCUGAGAUUGAGGGAACUGGAUCUUUCACUUUCUUCGCUCCGAGCAAUGAAGCCUGGGAGCUGCUGGACGAGGAUGUGAGGAAUGCGCUGGUUAGCAACGUCAACAUUGAACUGUACAAUGCCCUGCAUUAUCACAUGGCCAACACGCGUCUUCUGACCAAAGAUUUGAAGAAUGGAAUGACCAUCACCUCUAUGUACAAUGACCUUGGUCUCCACAUUAACCAUUAUCCCAAUGGGGUGGUGACUGUAAACUGUGCUAGAAUCAUCUAUGGGAACCAGAUUGCCACCAAUGGGGUGGUGCACGUCAUUGACCGCGUCAUCAGUGCUAUUGGUAACAGUAUGCAGGAUGUCAUUGAGGUGAACGAUGACUUGACUACUCUGUUUGACCUGGCCCAAAGUAGUGGACUGUUGGAGAAACUGGGUGAGCCAGGACAUUACACUCUUUUUGCCCCCACCAACGACGCCUUUGAAAAGCUCGGCCGUGGUGUCUUAGAGAGACUUCAGAGUGAUAAGGAGGUUCUCAAAGCUCUUCUGAAUUUCCAUCUCCUGGACUCGGUCCAGUGCUCUGAGGCCAUCAUGGCUGGAACCUCGUAUGAGACCCUGGAGGGAAAUACCAUCGAGAUCGGCUGCGAUGGCGACAGCCUGACGGUGAACGGAAUCAAAAUGGUUCUGAAAAAAGACAUUGUUACCAAAAACGGUGUCAUUCAUCUUAUUGACCAAGUUCUCCUUCCAGACUCUGCUAAGGUUGUCAUGGAACUGUUGGGAAGUUCCCAGUCAAAUUUUGGUGACAUGAUUUCCGAGCUGGGCAUUUCUGGCAACAUGGCGGCGGAUGCUGAGUACACUCUGUUGGCUCCUCUCAAUGAUGUGUUCACUGAUGAGGUCAUGUCUAUAGAUCAAGAGAUCCUCAGGGGUGUCCUGGAGAACCAUAUCUUGAAGAAAAAGAUCAGUCUGGGAAAAAUGUUCAACGGCCAGCUGGUGGAGACCAUUGGAGGAAAAACUCUCAGGGUCUUUGUCUACCGUACGGCCGUGUGCAUCGAGAAUUCCUGUCUGAUCCGAGGAUCCAAAGAAGGAGCCAAUGGGGCCCUUCAUCUCAUGAAGACUCUGCUGAAACCUGCAGACAAAACAAUGUUUGAGAUUCUGGAACAAAAUGGAAGUUUUAAGAUCUUUUUGUCUCUGAUGGAAGCCGCCGGGCUGACGGACGUGCUGCGGCAGGAGGGGAGCUUCACACUCUUUGCCCCGAGCGAUAAGGCGUUUGCCGGCCUGAGCGCUAGAGACCUGGACUUGCUGAAGAGUAAUGGGAACGCCCUAAAAACCAUCCUGUUGUACCACUUCACUAAUGGUGUGUUCAUUGGUGGGGGGCUGGAAUUUGGGGUGACUAACCUCCUGAAGUCUCUGCAAGGCAGCAAGCUCAAACUCAUUUUCGCAAACAGCACUGUGCAAGUAAAUUCUGUCAAAGUCCCAGCAGCUGAUGUCAUGGCCACGAACGGCGUGGUUCACUUUGUUGACCAGAUUCUGUACCCCGAAGAAAUCCCUGUGGGAAGCCAGGAUCUGCUGGUGGUGCUGAAGAAACUUGUUUCCUACAUGCAAGUAAAGUACAUUGCAGGUUUCAAAUAUCAAGAAAUACCACUUACCUUUAUGAAGACGAUUGUGAGACGUGUCAUCGAGGAAGUUCCUGGAGUAACAAGAACGAGAUAUAUUGAAAGGCCCAAGUUCAAAAAAAUUACCAUUGAAGGGGAUACCGAAACCAUUACUAGGGUUGUUGAAGGUUCUCCCAGCUUCGGCAGGAUGACCAAAAUUGUCCAAAGUCGCCAAAGCGCCUCUAACCGUGGCUCUACAAACAUCAAGCGAAAAACAAGAAGAACUCCUCCUCGAAGUGUUUAGGUGAAGAAGAGCCUUGGUUCUGAGCACGGACGCAGGAGAAAACCUCUCCUGUGAAGGAUGAGACAGACGUCAAACUCAUUGGUUGAAACUGGUGUUGUUGUGCUUGCACACCCAAAGUGUCAGACUAUAAAUACAAUGUCCUGCCUGUAACUGAUAAGAACAAUCAAUAAGCCUUUCAAUGGUGCUACAUGUGUGUGUGUGUGUAUAUAUAUAUAUUUGAAUGUUUAAGUUCACUGCAUGGUAACUUCUCCAGUGGACGUUUUGCAUUAACUUUUUCAAACUUUUGCAAGGAACAGUGGAACAAGAAGACUUUAAAUCCGUUCAUAUUUUCUCACAUUGUUUUCAGUCCUCUCUGUAAGGCAUCUUUUAGUGUAACAAUUGUUUUGUCAGCCAGUUGCAUCAUUUGGAUCAAGUGUUGAAAAUGAUUGCAUCUAUUUUACAGACGUUCUCCAAUAAAGUGCUUUCAAAGAGA